ACAUUCCCACAGUGCUCCACGGCAGCCGCUAUGGAGGCUGGACGUACAGCUGUGCUCCGGGUGAAGCGGAAGCUCGGCGCAGAGCCCGCCGAGGCUUUGGUCCUCGCUUGUAAACGCCUCCGCUCCAGCGCAGAUGAAUUGGAAACGCCAAAGACUUCUCCAGAGGGUCUGGAGAGAGCAGCAGAAAAUAAUGUCUUCCAGUUGGUGGCCACCGUGCGCUCCCAGGCGGAGCCAGUCCAGCCGCUCCUGCGGGCCGCCCUGCGCCCGUCCCAGGGCAGCCAGCAGCGUAUCCGCCAUCAUCUCCGUGCCUCUGCUCGGGAGAUCCGACAGGAAGGCCGCUACAGAGUAGUCUCUAGCCGCCGAUCCUCGGGGAUUCCCUCGGACAGCUUGGAGUCCGAGGACGCGUCAGGAACCCCAGAAGCCGCUGACGACGCAAGCUUUCAGCUAUUAGAUCUGGUCCACGAAGAAGAAGAUGCAGAGGUCGCCGCCGCCGCUAUCUCCUGCAAAAAAUCUGACCCAGAUGUGAUCCUCUGCAACUGUGUCAAGUUGAUACGUGAGGGGUUGAAUGUAUCUCAAUAUGGACCAAGUUCUGGGCAUCAGAAGGAACAAAAGGAUGACUUUGUGUAUGACAUUUACUAUUUGGAAAGGGCGACUCCAGGAUGGAUUGAGAACAUCCUCUCUGUGCAGCCCUACAGCCACGAGUGGGAGUUGGUGAAUGAUGACCAACAACCAGAGGACAUUUAUGAUGAUGAUGAUGAUGAAAACAGUGAGAAUAAUUGGCGCAAUGAGUACCCAGAGGAGGAGAACAGUGAUGAAGAUGAAGAUUCCAGAGGCUCUGACAAUUACAGCAGCGUCAGUGAAGAAGAAAGAGACAACAGCAGACCACCAAUGUGGAGCAAAUACCCUUUGGAUGUACAGAAGGAGUUUGACUAUGACAGCCCCCAUGACCUCGAUUCAGACUGAUGAUCUGUGAUAACCGUGAGGUUCUACUACAAGCCCCUGGGGGAUCUGUGACUGCAGGGUCUGCCACAGUAGUUAGCAUCCUCCUAGCCUAACAUGGGGAAAGAAAAAGCAUAUCCACCAGCACCAUUCCACCACAGGAAAAACAUGCACUAAGGGAAUGUCUUUUCUACUCUCUGUAGGGCCCAUUUAUCUUGAUCAAAAUCAACUCUACAGUCCACAGGGGGGAAAUGCUAUAAAAGCGAAGCUUCCUGGCCCAGGCGUUUUCCCAGCAUUCCCAUUCUCUUCCUACGCUGAAACCAGUUAAGUGGAAGAGAGUCUCAUUUUAUCAGCACUAAGACUGGGCUUUUCCAGGUUACCUGCCUCUAGUAAAAGCCAGUUUCUUUUGAUAGAGGGAUUCUAGAAAGGCUGCAGUGAGUCCCUUGUAGUGGCACAGACUGGACUCUGAUAACAUUUGUAAAGAUUGCUUGCUUCCUCCGGCAGUGGUGCCAAGGAACAGGGUAUGUAUAAAUGUAUUUAAUAAAAACUUUGAACAUUGGGA